AUGCAAAUUCAGAAAUGGUCCUACUGUAAGCUUUUCCAUUUAAUGAAGACGACGAUGACUAAAAGAAGUCUGGCCCUUACCUUGUUUCUUUUCCCCAUUGUCUCCCUAGUACAAAAAGGUCACACCCCUUAAAGCACAAACAAGUCACUAGAUAUAGGCACUUUGAGAGAGAAAUGGAAUCGGAGGCAGAAGAAGAGCCACGCUUCACUCCACCAAGGUCACUGCUAAUACCAAAACCACGUGCAUAUGGACCUAGACAGUCACCGGAGAGGUCAGGGACACGAACCCCACCACUCCACACUUCAGCAUCUGUCCCAUUUCGAUGGGAGGAAGAGCCUGGCAAACCUAGGGAAUAUUGCACCCCCCUGAUCUCCAGGCCCAUAGACUUCCCACAAAAGUGCCUCGAGUUACCUCCGAGGCUGUUAAUAGAAACCCUACCUUCACCCACCACAGUCUUGGAGGGUCCUUACACGGGGAGGUCAUCAAGAUUUCAGUCUUCUUCGUUUAGAAUAACCAGAUCAAGGUCAUCAAGAUUUCAGUCUUCUUCGUUUAGAAUAACCAGAUCAAGGGAAUAUAAUUAUGGGUCCUUUCGCAGGCGCUGUAGUCCUGAGAGGGGUCAGCUUGGCACCAUAGCUCCUAGCAAGAGGAGAGUCAAAGAGAAAGGCGGGUUUUUGGGUUCUUGGAGUUGGGGAAGGAGGGAUUUGAAGGGUAAUAGAGAGGCUGGUGGGGGUAGUUAUGUCUUUCCAUCUUCAGGCGAUAGAGAAGCUGCCGAUCAAAGCAGCAAUGAGGAGGAAGGGAUGGUCAGUAGCAGCGACCAAGUCAAGAUGACAAGAAUGAGAAGGUCAGGGAGUUUUUCUGCUGUGUCCAAUGCCAGGUCUCAAUUCUGGGCGAGUAUUUAUGAGGGCUUGAAGCACGUCGUGGGAUGGAGGCGUAAGAAACUGAAGAAAGACCACGGGUUUGUGAAGUGCAGGGUGGACAUGUCCAAUUAAUUAUCUGUUAACCGCUGAGGAUGGUCCCGUAUCCUAUCGACCUUAAUUCUAUAUUUCUCUGUCAAAUGAAAAUGGCGUUUUUAUUAUGGUAUUUCCCAUCAUCACCCCUUGCUUGUUCUCCUGCUGUGCUGUCAUCUGCAUCGUUUUUGGAAGGGCCUGACCUUAAGCUGCAACCUUUUUUUCUGAACUGUGGGGAGAACUUACUGGACGUUUUAGCCAAGUGUUGACGAUGGCAGCAAUUUGGUCGUGCUGUCAAUGUACGAGUGAAAGCUUCUCUUUCUUUCUUUCAUGAAUAGCAGUAAAAGCGUUUUGUAAAGACUGAAUUGUACUAAAGGUAAGUGUUCAAGGAAAAUAUUGAAACUA